AUGGCAUUCACCUUAUUCGGCCCAACUGUUAUGGAGAGCACCCUGCCAGCCCAAGAGCAAUUGUGCUUAAACGCUCCAAAGUGCGCUGCUCCAUUCGCAUCUGACUCAAGUUCAAAAUGCCACGCCCUGAAAGCAUGUGUCGUUCAGUUACCGUUUUGCUCUCGAUUCAGACAAUUUGAGGUAACAGUUGUUGAUAUUAUCGAUUCGCCGUUUGUCACUGUUUUAACUUCCCAAAUCACUACGGAAGAAUUGGAGAUUCGAAACUUGUUUAGAAGAAGGCAUGCCUCAGCUUUUCCAAAAGACCGGCGUACCCGUAAGAAGCAUACGCUUUUGCUUACAGCAAAACGCGUGUGUGCAAACUGCAAACGUAGAUUUGAGGACGUCGCCAAAGUUAUUACGCGUGCAAUCCUGGUAUACUGUGCCUAG